AGUAUGGCUGCACAUAAUUGACAUAUCAUAGAGGUUAAUUUGAGAAAAAGAAAUUAUUGAAUUUGAAGGAUAAGCGAAAAUUGAGUAUAAUACCACUUGGUUAUAAUCGAGUGAUCGAAUAUUUCGGAAUGUUUGAGAUUAUAUGUGUAAGAAUAUAAUAAAGAAAUUAUUUGAUUUAGGUCAAGGAUUAUGAAGUAACCUCUUGAUCGUUAACCAUACACAAAUGUCAUUAUUUUUGAGAAAUUAUAUUUUACUUUUUUACGGUAUAAAUGUUAAACUUAUUUGAUUGGUCUAGUGAAAUAUAAUUAAAUAUGUUACCCUCUUAGAAAGGUACAUUUAAUAUUUCAAAAUCAUAUGUUUAAAACGAUAAAAUGGCGCAAAUACAAACUCCGAGCGCCGAUGGCCUUCCAAAACAUUUUGUUGGUGCAAUGCGUACACUCUUUGAUAUAAUGGAUGAUCAGAACACUGGUUUCGUCAAAUUUUCCGACAUAGAAGGUCGAUGGCAGGACGAUGGUACUCAGGGUCUUCCUAAAGGUGUUUUGGAUAGUCUGAAAAAAGUCACACCACCCAAUGGUCUAUUAUCCUUUGAAAGAUUUUGCGCGGGCUUGAAAAUUUGUUUGUUACAAAUUCAAACGGAAGGUGAUUUCAAAAAACAUGACGGACAACCAAACAGACCGCCAUCUGCUCCGAUUCUAAUAACGGAUAAUCAAAAUAAAGGACACUGGACGUCUCCUAAUACUGCCACCAUAAGACCAAAUAAUGCUAUAUCUCAGCAACGUACUUUAAGUAUGCCACAAUUAUUAGCCAAUCGUAAAGAUAUAAAUACACAAUUGGAACUAAUUGAUGGAAGAAACGGUGUAGAAACUAAGCACAGUAAAGCGUAUGGUCCUCCAAAACCUCCACGAACAGGUGCUGCAUUAGAAGGUAGAGCACUUAGUGCUGAUAGAAAUAUUGAUAAGUCAGAAAUUCGAACGGUGCUGCAGAAUUGGCAAAUGGGUUUAAUGAUGAACGAUGAUAAAUGUUUGGAUAAACGCCAAUUGCCAAUGUCAAAUUAUCGAGCCGAUGCUAGGACUACAUUUCUAAGACCAACCCGCGUUUUAGGAGAUGGUAAAGCGGUAGAUCUACAAAAUAACCAGUUAGGUUUACAACCCAAAAAACCAUUAAAUCGACGUAGAGAACCAAGACGACAUACGUUGCAGAAUGGUAUUGACUACAAUAUGAUGAAAAGAAUGAAACAAAUCGAACAAGAAAAGGAUGUUCUUUUGCAAGGUUUAGCUGCUGUUGACAAAGCUAGAGAAUGGUAUUUAAAACAAAUUUCAGCAACUCAAGAGAAAAUUAAACACUUGGGACGUAUGGGCUCGCAUGUGGAACAGUGGACAGAAGCGCAACAGGAACGUUUAGAGUUACAACGUGCAAGAGUUUUAGAAGUUAACAGGCACCUUGCUGCUUUAAUAAGUAGCUGGGAACGUGGUGGAUUACCACUGCAUAUGAAUUUAGCUUUCUUAACUACGCCAACAUCGGCACAACUACAACAAGAUGUAUUAUCAAGACUUAAACAACAAAAUCAUAGAUUAACGGAGGAAGUUAAUAAAAAGAGCCAGAGAAUAGCACUGCUUGAACAAGAAAAGGAUAAUUUAGUACGAGAAUUGUAUAAUAGGCAAGCAGGUAUGGUUCAAUCUCGUAGAGCAACUAUGAUCCACGAACAACACGACCAAACAUUCAUAAUAUAAUUAUCCUAAUCGAUUCUCAAGGGAAAUGAUAUAUAUAUAUAUAUAUACUUAAAUAAAUUAAUAAUAAGUUUAAAACUAAAUUAUAGAUCUUGAAUGCAGUAUCAGUGCACUUUAUACCGAAUUCAUCUUGCACGAUCGAUGUGUAAAGAAAAAAAAAAAAGAAACGUUAAAACAAUAGCAGUACUAAUGUAUAGCUUAAUUAUGAAUCUACAGAGAUCCAAGGUAUAUUUUUUUUUUUUUAACUUUUAAUAAAUCCGUCCACAACGUGUGCAUGCGUGCGUGUGUGUGUGUGCGUGUACGUGCGUGUGAACAUUGUUUCGUUCUAGUUUAAUCCAAUAUAUCAAUGAUCUGUUAAUGUCAAAAUAGUAAAGAUUUACAAGGACUAGAUAUAUAAGUACGAAGUACACUGAGAACGCGUAAUAAUCGUUAGUGUCAAGUGUUAUCAUCUAAUUCCUAAAAGAAUAUAACCCCUGAUCAAACGACAAGAAAAAUUGACUCAAAACUCAGCUCAUUUAACAUACAAAGAUUGAAGGUCAGCUUCCGUAUAGAUAAAAGAAUAAUUUUUCAUUCUAACGACCUUUUAUCUAUCCAAUCAUAGAUAAUUCAUAAUCAGUUCUACAUGCAAAAAGUAUUUUCUUCAUUAGGGAAAUACUAUGUCGAGCAAAUGUUUCGAGAAACGGUCUUGAAGUAUUUAUAGAAAUUUCAAUGAAUUUGUAAAUCCAUAAGAAUUCCACUUUUAUUUUUCACAGGGAGAGAGAGACAAAGAUUUCGAGUAUAUACACGCGUAUAUACUAAAAUAUGAUUAUAUGAAUUGCUUUUUUUAUUUUAGCAUACUGAAACCAUUCCUAACGUUAUGUUCGUAUAUUUUUAAACAUCCUGUAUAUAAUAUAAGGGUGUUCCAAAAGAUAUUUCUUCUUGUGACAUGAACAUAUUAAAUUUAGUAAAACUUUAGAUAGCAUUAUAGGGGUAUAGUAGUAUACCUCCACAAAUGGUGUCUUUCCAGAGAUGAAUAAAAUAUUUCUUUCCUAUAACACGGAGAAAAGUUAGGAUGAACAGUAUCAUUAUUUUAAAUGGAUAUAUGCUCAUAUUUUUCAUUAUAUAAUAAUACAUAGAAGAUAUUAAAAAUUACAAAAAAAAAAAUAGAAGAAAAGAAAAAAAUUAUAAGAUUAUAAUUGUAAGAUAAAGAUAAUAAUUGGAAAAAAAAGAUUAGAUAUAAACAGUAUCGUAUGAGUGAAACCAAUCAUCGUAUAAUAGUCGUCGAUAAUAAAAUUAUAAUAGUAUUCUACUAUUUAAUCAUUUUGUAAAUAAUUAAUUUUAAUAAUAUAUGCACAUUUUCCUGCCUAGAAUCUUACCACAUAUUAUACGUCCGGUUAAUUAUGUGGACAGUAGAUUAAAUAAAAAAAAAAAAA